UGGGGGAGGUUACCUAAGCUCACUAGGCCCCCAUUUUUUCACCUGUGCAAUGCGAGUGAUGAGUGCCCACGUCUUAGGGUGUGGUUGGGAUGCUGUCAGUUACUGAGUGUGCAGUGCUCACCCUGAGGCCUGGCUCGGAGGAAAUGGGGAGUGGUGUUAGCUAUGGAUCUUCUCUCCCUGGUGUUCUGGGGGAGGGCGCAGGUGGAUCAAUUCCUCUCUGGUAUCUGUGUCAUGCUGGACUGGUUGCUCUGUUCUCAGAUAGGAAGAGAGAAGAUGUUUCGAAUUGGGGCCCUCAUUGUCUUCUGUGGGCUCCUGGCCCAGACCACAGCCCUGCUGGAAGCCAUGCCCUCGCCCCUGGACCCAACUCUGCCCUCGUCUAUGAUUCCGGACGUGGAAGUGAGUAUCCCAGAUGUUCCCGGAAGCUUGAGCAGUGCUCUCAGCCAUGGCUUGCUCUCUGAGGGUCUGUUGGGCAGUCUCGAAAAUCUUCCACUCUCGGAUGCUCUGAAGGCUGAAGGAGUCACUUCCAGAAGCCUGUUUAGGGGCCUGCUUGGGAAAAUGGUUUCAGCAAUGCCUUUCCUGAACAUCAUUGAUGUGAAGGUCACUAAUCCCCAGAUGCUGGAUCUUGGCCUUGUGAAGAGCCGUGAUGCCCGUGGUCUCUAUGUCAUCAUUCCUCUGGGCAUGACCCUCAAUGUGAAUGUGCCCCUGGUUGGAAGUCUGUUAAAGCUGGUUGCAAAGCUAAAUGUCACCGCACAACUCUUACCUUUGAAAGAUGACGAGUACAACUUCUACAUGGUCCUUGGCAGCUGCACUCACUCCCCUGGCAGCCUGCACAUCAUCUUGCUUGAAAGGUGAGGCCAGAGAGGUGGCUUC